AUGGGUAUCGGUCGCUUUAUCUGUGUGGCCGUGCCAAUGGCCUUCUCGAUUGCCAGCCUUGCCUGCAUUCUCAUAGCCAGCCUCGGUGGCAUAGGCAACAAGAAUCUACACUUGUUCCAAAUAACAACUGCUGAUUUCAGCGCUUCAACUAGCACUCUCACCAAUAUUGCUGAUGAGGUUUUCAACCGUGACCUCAACCCUAAGAUCGGAAUCCCUGAGAUAAGUGCUGGCAGUAUCAACUUGACUGCAAGUACUCUGGGACUCGCUGAAAAAUACCGAAUAUCAAUCUGGAAAUACUGCCGAAUAUCGGGAUCUGAGUCUAUGUGCACUGCUCCACGCUUUAACUGGGCCGCCAGCGUGCUCAACACUAGCGCGCUUGAAGACAGAGCAACUUCUGUAGCGGGAAAGCCUGUUAGUCUCCCGAAGGAAAUGAAAGGCGCUUUAAAAUCGUUCACCGCUAUUUCUGUUUGGACCCAGGGAUUCUACAUUGCUGCCAUUAUCAGUGCCGGGGCAGGGCUUAUCCUUGGUCUCCUAUCUAUUUGUAUCUGUUCGCGCGCUGGUACUUGCCUCACCUUCUUCCUUGCUAGCAUUACAUCCAUCAGCAUCAUAGGUGCUUCAAUUUUAGCAACAGUUCAAGCUUCUCUGGUCACCGCAGCAUUGAAUAAAGUUGCCAAAGCAUACGGCGUGACAUCUUCGGUUAACACCUCAUUUCUCGUUAUCACAUGGCUCGCAGCAGGUUUCAGUAUUGCAGCAGGCUUCCUUUUAGCUUUUAGUAGCUGUUGCUGCCUCACUAGUAAUUCAUCUUCCAGGCAUGAACGUCGCUAUCGCUCUGAUAGUAACACCGAAAAAUUAGUACCGCUAACGCCCUACGAGCGCACGUAUGGAGCAUCAUAUGAGGGCGUCCCAAAUCAGGAAUGGCAACCUAACAAUACUCAGGCCACCUAUGGCAUUCCCAUGAGAUAUCAGAGGCCAGUAAAGGCGGGAGCCUACGAACCUUACUUACACGCUCCUUCCUAG